UUAUACUUUCUGUCAGGUGGAUGGCUUUGGGUUUCUUCAUUAAUGACACGGCGUUUUGUCCCAUGUCCUGAGAAACCAAAUCCAUAUGAGAAACCUUCAAAGUCUGUUGCUUCUCUAAAAGCUGCUCAUCUUUAUCAGAUUGCUAACCGUCUACUAAUUUGGAGAACAAAAGAAGAGUUAGCCAAACUUUCGAAUGUCAAUGGUCAUUGUUGUUUUUCAUUUUCUUGCCGAGCUGCUUUUGUUUCUAUCAAGAAACCAAGAAACGGGUUUUCUUUAAUUGACUCAUCCAUUUUAUUACCUUGUUACAAUCCAAGCUGUGUGCGAAAUCUGCCAAAUGUUUUUACUUCUGAACAACCUGCAAGAGCAAAACCUCCAUCUAUUAACCGAGAAUUAUCUCUACAUUCGACGCAAUCUGAAACAAAUACUUUUCCUUAUCCUAAGCCUUAUAAUUUUAAACGUAAAUCGUGCAAUAAUGGAAGAACAAAGGAAAGCAUUCUCAUUCUUCCAAAUUGGUGUAUGCGUCGUUUAGCUCGUCAAGGAGGUUUAAGUGCUAAAACGUUGGCUCCCGGCUUUUUGCCAUCUGCAAAAGCCAAUCCUCAAGCAUGGCCUUAUUUGUGUCCACGGCCUGCAUUUGAUCAUUGUUGGCGUUACCUUACAAGCAGAGCAUCUUCGCUUCAUGCCUUAGCCCUUCGCUUUCGUCAAAUUUAUGCUUCAAUUCGUUGGAUGGAUAUGUGGCCCUCUGAUCCCGAUGAUCCUGAUACGCGUGUUUGGACACAUUUGACUGAUUAUGACGAGGUUCGAGUAGUUAUUGGUCACUUGGAACAUCCUCCAGAGGGAUAUUACGAGCAGUACAAAAUAAGAGUUGAUCAAUAUUCGAUUGAAGAUGAUGAUAGCCCUGCAGAAAAUGGAAAUGUUGCUCUUACUAACGGUGACACAGAUUUUAUGAAUUCAAAAGCUUCGAAGAAACGGAAGCGAAAACGUCCAUCAAUUUAUGCAGGAGAUGGUGUGGAAGACGAAAAUCGAAUGAUUGUUAACUCUCAACAAAAAAGGAAUAGAACAAGAAUUAAAAAUACAACUGAAAGAUGGAUUGAUGGUGUUGAAUUAAAAUUACAUGAAAUUGCUGAUUACUGGAAAGCUGAAUUAAGUAGAAAAAUGCGAAAUAGAAGAAUUGAAAUGGGAGAACAAAAUAUUCCAAUUAAUGUUAUAUAUUCACAAACAAAAUAUCACCAACCACAAUCACAACAACAAAAAAUCCUACCCCAACAACAACAAAAACAACAGAUUUAUUUUCAAAAUCAGACAUUUUCAUGGCGAUAACACCUUUAAAGAUUUUUAUUAUUCAAUUUACCUUUUUCUUUUCAAUAAUAAUAUUCUCUUGUGUGUUUGUAUUUUGAAUCAAAUUUCAUUUGAAAUUUAUAGUA